AUGGGGAAGAAGAGAAAACGGCCAGCGCACGGCGCCGGCCAGAGCAAUAGGCCCCAGAAGCGACCCAACACGUCACCAGGACCUGAAGCAGCAGGCAAACCCUCGUCCUUCGAGCCAACCUCUUCUACAUCCACGACACACCCAGUGCUCUCAUUGUACUAUCCACGCGUCGUCAAGCUACGGUCGUACAUCUUGGAACUCCUCCCGCCAACCUCCAAAUCACGACGACGGAAAGUCGCGUCUCUCGGCUCCCAAAAUGGCCGAGUCAGCAACAUCGCUGGCAGUCGCCGUUCUACUGCGUCUCAAAGCCAAGCGCGCAAUGGAGACGAAGCGGAUCGCUCCCGCGCCCAAGGGGUCGCAGAGCUGCUGGACACGACGUUAGUCGGUGUUUUGAAACAGCGAGAUCAUGCAGAUGCUCAUUCCAGACAGCGUGACUUCGCUGCUUUUACCCAAUCACAGUUCCGCUCGAGUCGACUGCGUUGUACGAAAGUCUGUGCGACGAGCUCCCAGAGCGAGAUUGUCGACUUUGCCAUAUUGACCCUGUUCAAGCAAAAACGAGCACCUUACUCCCGGCAUACUCAUCUGUUAUGCCACGGGUUUCAGCGAGCAUCAAGUCACUAUGCUCCGAAUCACGAACAUGGUCCCGGCAUCGUCCCACAGUAUCCGAACAAGAAUGUCUCGAUGCUGAAGAGCUUUCCAUGGACAGAUGUUCUCAAUCUGCUUGGUGAGAGUUGCGAAGAGAUUAUGCUGCAUCUGCUGCUGGAUUGUGGGUUAUUUGUCUCCCUGAACUCGAAUAGAGGCACUUAUUAUCAACUGAGUGGGGUUCAGUUGGUAGAGCUAAAUCUCCUUAGUCAGGAGAUAUCUGAGAAAAAGCCGGCUGACAAGGGGGGAAAUGAGAGCGCUGCAAGUCACGUCCGACAUGCAUUGCAUUCUCCUCGAAGUAUCGUCUUCGCUGACGCAGAAAAUAUAGACGUUUUAAAUCGAUAUCCCGACUGCAACGAUUUAAAGCACACUGUACAUAUCAUGAAAUAUAUAUUCCCGCGUCAGUUUGGAUUGCACAACGUCUUCACGUCAGUCGUGGACUCCAAGCAAACUGCUCAGUCUUUCAAAGACUACACGCUGCGCGAAGAGGAAAUGGCUAUGAAAAAGAAAACAUGCCCCGGCAAAUUUUCCAACGAAAAUUUGAAUAAGCUGCCAAAGAGGCUGCGGGGCAACUUGGUUGGGUUGAUACAGAAGUUACAGAAGAGACAUCAGCGCUGCUCAUACGUGGAGUUACUAAGGCAUUACUGCCCUGUGGAAAAGUCGCCGCCAACUGAGGUACAGCGGUCUGGGCCACCAUUGACGGACUUCGCUACACCGAUCGCAUCUGUCUCUGCAUUCUGCCGAGCAACUUUGCAAAACCUAAUCCCCAACGACCUAUUCGGGACUGGGGACGAUGGGGCGCUGAAUCGGGAUAUUGUCAUGCGCCAGGUUGAUGGUUUUAUACAGCUUCGCAGGUUUGAGAGCAUGUCUCUCCAUGACGUCGCUCAGGGGUUGAAGAUAACAUGUGUCGAGUGGCUCAAGCCACCACAGAGGACCGAUAGCGCCGAUAAGCUCUGCCUAUCAGACAAGCAGAAGCGGCUUGAAAUCUUCCUUGAAUUCAUCUAUUACAUCUUCGACUCGCUCCUCAUUCCCCUGAUCCGCUCGAAUUUCUACGUCACCGAAUCCAACGUCCACCGCAACCGCCUGUUUUACUUCCGCCACGAUGUAUGGAAGCGCCUCAUCGAGCCGUCGGUCGCGCAGCUCAAAUCUACGGUUUUUGAGGAAGUGAAGGAAGAAACGGCGGCCAGGAUCCUGUCGAGGAGGACCCUGGGCUACGGCACCCUUCGAAUGCUCCCCAAGCGCACCGGAGCUCGUCCGAUCGUUAACCUGAGAAAGCGCGCCAUCGUCAAGUCCAGGUGGAAUGGAAGGAUAGAGCUGGGGCACAGUGCCAACACGCUACUUGCACCCGUUUUCCAGGUGCUUAAUUGUGAAAAGGCUUCGAAGUCGGGGUCUCUCGGUGCGUCGAUGGAUUCCGUGGGGGACAUGUACGUUCGACUGAAGAGGUUCCGGGAAAGACUUGAUCAGAGGGGAAUCAGCAGGAAGGAUCCGCUGUAUUUUGUUAAACUUGACGUGCAGGCUUGCUUUGAUACCAUACCUCAGAAGCGACUGCUGCGUUUGGUUGACGGCUUGAUCUCCGAGAAUGAAUACCGCGUGAGCAAGUACGCGGAGGUUGGGGCUCUACACCAGCCGGGUCUCCCGGGCCAGGCGAACGAUGAGGGAGGACCAGCGAAACCCGUGAGAAAGUUUGUCUCCAGGGCCGCUCCGGCUGUGGACUUUAAGAGUGCAUACGACUUCGUCGUGGAGCGAGCAAAGCAAAGUACGAAGAGAAACACGGUGUUUGUCGACACGGGGAACCAGAAACGGCACGAGGCCGACGACUUGCUGGCGCUGUUGGAGCAGCACGUGCGGAACAACCUGGUGAAGAUCGGGAAGAAGUAUUUUCGACAGAAGAACGGGAUCCCGCAGGGCUCGGUUGUGUCAAGCAUCCUGUGCAAUUUCUUCUACGGCGAGCACGAACGAGCGGAGCUUGGCUUCUUGGGCGGCGAUGAAGAAUCGCUCCUGCUGCGUCUGAUCGACGACUACCUGCUUAUCACCACGAAGGAGGACGCAGCGACGCGGUUUCUACGGGUGAUGCUGGAAGGGGGCCAGGAGUAUGGGAUCUCGGUGACUCCCGGCAAGACGUUGGUCAACUUUGAAGUUGAGGUGGGCGGUUACGACAUCCGGCGGCUGGGCAGAUCGUCGCAGGAGCAAUUUCCAUACUGCGGGAACCUUAUCGAUACCAGGACGCUGGCGAUCAGCAAAGAUCGGACCCGCCGACAGGACGACGAUCUCCACGUGUGCGACUCGCUCACGCUUGAGCUGAGGAAGACGCCCGGACAGGGGUUCUACCGCAAAUCUCUGUCUAUGUUUAAACUACAGGCGCACGCGAUGUUCUUCGACGUGAAGCACAAUUCCGCGAGCGUGGUGCUGGCGGGUGUAUAUCACGCGUUCCUCGACUGUGCGAUGAGGAUGUAUGCGUAUCUGCGGUCGCUCUCGCGGCGGCAGCGGAACAGCCGAGAGGUGAGGAGGUCCUCGAUGGACGACAUGCUCACCCGCACCAUCGGGGGGCUCAUCGACUACGCGGUGCGCCUGAUCCGCUCCUGCACGAAGAGCUCCGGGGGUGACGACGGCGAGGGCAGGAGUGGCAGCACAGGUAAUAAUGCUAUUAUUACAAGGGUGCAGAUCCAGUGGUUGGCGGUGCAGGCGUUCAGAGAGGUGCUGGGGAAGAAGCAGAGUCGGUCUGGGCGGACGAUACAGUGGCUGGAUAGCGUAGGGAGGGCGUCGAGGCCGACGGGGCACAGAGAAGCGGGACGGCUGUGGAGAGUGGUGAAGGAUGCAAGGGGGGUUAUGCAGAACUAUCGGAUUUAACCGCCAGAAAAACAAUAAACGAACUAGUUACUCCGUACUCCGUACAUCACUCCGUCACGCUCCGCAGAUGAAACUUUUUUCGUGCUGAACGAGAGUUGUCUUUUUUUAUUUU